AGUUAGUCGUACCCAAACAAAACAUUCUCUCAAGUGCUCUUCGUUAUUUUUAAAAUCGGAAUUGUGCUUUAUUCUAACAAGAAUAAUCAUUUAUAACAGAUUAGUUUACUUUAAGAACUCUAAUGGAUUUUAGCACGGAUAUUAUACCAUCUCUUGAUAGAGAAUUUGAUUUCAUGUUAACUGAUAUGAAGCCGCAUGUUCUAAAAUUGCCGCAUAAAUCGGAUCGUCAAAAAUGUGCAAUUUGGAUAAAGAAACUAUGCGAUCAAGUUACAGGAAUAUCAGAGAGAAAAACUAGAAAUUCCUAUGCACGAAUUAUUCUUGAACAAACGAAAAAAGGAACAAUAGAUGAACCUAUUCUAUCUGAUCCACCAGAUGGUCCAUUACCUGUUUUACCACCUCAAACGGCGGAAAUUCCCGAUUGGGUUAAUGGAGAAUUAUCCCUCUUUCCUGAAACAAACAGAUAUGGCUUUACAGAUUUUGGAGAAAGUCCUACGUCUUUUGAUUACCAAAUGAAAAAUCCACUCUUCUUAAACCAAAAAAGUACUUCUUCAAAAAUGCCAGAAGAUUAUUUCCAAAAAUCGAAACCUUUCACAGAAGAUUUAGGAUAUUUAACAGACGAAUAUUUAAAGCCUAAAGAUACGCGAAAAGCUUAUGAAACAACGACUUCGGAUAUCGAUUGGACUAAAUCAAAUUUGUCUCACUUCAGUGCUUUUCCAAAUACUACGGGCUUUUCCUCCGUUCAAGAAGACCCAAAAUUAACACGGUUAGCUGAAAAAGAGAUUAUGAUGAAAACCAAAGCUUUUGAAGCAAAAUUUCAAGAGGAAAAGCUUAAAUUACAACAAAAACACGAUUCGAACGUACAAAAAAUUUUGGAUAGAAAAAAUAUUGAAAUAGAGGAAAUAAAAAACCAUUACAGGAACAAAAACAAAGCACAGGAUGAUAAUUUAUCAAAGUUAGAACGUAAAGUUCAAAGUUUAUUGAAAGAAAUUAAUAACUUAAAAGAAACUAAGGAAAAGCAGCUAUCAGAGCUUAAAAGGGUUUUGGAAGAAUCUCACAGGAAGAAAACGGAAUCUUUAGAAAAAAGACUUCAGGAUGCUAUAAAUACAAAUGAAAAAGAAAAAAUUGCACUUCAAAAAGACCACACUUCGGCUAUAGAAGAAAUUAUUGCUGAUACGAAAAAUAGACUUGAUAAAAUGGAAGAGAAAGCCAGACAUCAGAGUGAAACAGCGUCGAACACAAUCAAUAAUCUCGAAAAGCAAGUUCUAGAUCAAUCUAGGGAAAUAGAUUUAUUGAAAACGUUAAGGAGGGAUCUUGAAAACGAAACGAAAUCCCUUAGAGAUCAUAAUGAAAAAUUAGAAAAUGACGUAUCGUCUCUACAGUUCAGGUGUAAAAUGUUACAAAAAGAAAAAGAUAACAAUCUAGAAGAACAUACGAAAGAAUUGAAAAGUUUGCAAAAUAAAUGCGAAGCUAAUGUAGAAUAUUAUAAACAAGAAAAUAGCCUAAAUUCCUCAAAGGCAGCAGAAACUAUAGAAGAGUUGAGAAAACAACUCUUACAAACAAAAAAGAAUUUGGAAGCUUGCGAACAAAGGAGACAAACACAAGCUAUGGAAUUUGAAAGACUAGAAAAGCAAAAUAGAAUGAACCUAGAAAGUUCUUACGAAGGAAAAAUAAGGAAUAUAACAGCUGAACUACAAAAAUAUCAAUCGGAUGCCAAACAGAAAAUUGAAAAUCUUGAAAAGUCUAAUAAAGAAAAAGAUCUUGAUUUAAUUGAGUCAAAACGACAAACUGAACUUGUCUCAAAGAAGGCGGAUGAAGCUCUCCAAAAUUUCAAAAUGCAAAUCGAACAGCAAAACUUUAAAGCUUACCAAGACAUGCAAAAACACAUGAAGAAAGUUGAACACGAUUUGGAUAGAUCAAGACAUUUGAGGGAAAAACAAAGUAAAGAAUUUCAAAAGCAAAUACAAGAACAAUCUGAUGUUUAUAAAAAUCAAAUGAGAGAUAUGCACGAAAAAUUUGAGAAUGAGAAACAACAAAUUAUCAAAGAGUUGUCGUCAAAUCAACUAAAAUUGGAAAAAGAUCAUGAAAAAGCCAUAAAAACUAUGGCUGAUAUGCAUAAAAAAGAGUUUACCAAAAUGGAAAGGAUUGUUGACGAUGAAAAGCGAAAAAAUAUUCAAUUAAGAGAAGAAAUGGCCAGAUCGAAACAAAUGAUGAAAGAUGAACUUAUCGAACUAGCUAAAUUAAGAGAUGAAGAAAGAAUGAGAAUAGAAAAAGAUUAUGAAGAUAGAAUAGGCAAAUUGAAAAAUCAAAUUGAACAACAAAGGGUUGAUCUGCAAAAGGAGCAGAGUUUAGAAAUGGCUAAAAUGCUAGAGAAGACGGAUAGCAGCUUAAAAGAUAUCGAAAAAGAGUACUCUUUAAGGGCUGCUAGAGAUAAAGAAACAAUUUGCCAACUACAAUCUCAUAUAGAUGAAUUAAAGAACGAUAGCCUUAGUCUAAAAGAAAAACAUAACAAAGAAAUUGAACAUCAAAUUGCAAAAUCCGAAGAAGAGAGACGAAAAUUAAAGCAUCAGCACGCAAACAUUUUGAAAAGUAUUCAUUCAGAAAUUGAAUCGCAAAAGUCUAAAUUUCGACAAUUGGAGACAAAAUUCUUAGAGCAAGAACAAGAUUACGAAGAAAAGCUUGUUCAAGUUCGUAGAGAAUAUGAACAAAGACUCAAAGGAAUGCUUCAUCCAUCAGUUCGCAAAGAACUAGAGGCUACAAUAGAAUCUCUCAAAUCGCAAGUCGUAGUUUUACAACAAAAAACUGCAUUAUUACAAGAGGAAAUUGGAAAAUAUUCUCAAAACCCAAGAAAUUUUGUGCCUAAUUUGAUUGCUAGUGCUUGA